AUGUCUGAACCGAUCAAAAAGGCACCCGAGCCUCAGCAGAGGUACAAUCCUCUCAUUAGACCAGCUGAUAAGGCCUGGAAGACCACCCAUGAGCACUUCAAAGAUCUGCUCAGCUUGCCUACCACGCAGAUAGGGCAGGUCUUGGAGGAUUACUUCACAUCCCAUGAGCGGAAGCUUUUUAUGCCAGCUACGGAGCCUCGCAGUUUGAGAGACUGUCAAGAAGACAGCGCCCGGCGAUAUCAAAGCUUGAUGACCAACAGAUUCAAAGGAUGCCGCUCCUCACUGGCGACGAAGUUCACGAUGCUUUACUUCGGUCUGCCUGUCGAGCCAGUUUUAUCUGAGCUGACACGCUUUUCGAAACCAGACUUUGAUGUGGACGACUGGGAUGAACUACGUACUGUCGAGGUUCGCCCUCCCCUGCACUUCUUGACUGCCCACGACCAGAGGAAUUUUGGAUACGACUACAUGAGAGGAAAAGAGGACCAUUACAGCACCAUCCCUGUGGCAGCUUCCCAAAUGACAGGCGCCAUUGGCGAAGGGCUGAGCCUUCGCGGAGGGGGCGACGAUGACGAUGCCUCCAUGGUAGAUGCGGAAUAUUCGCCAAAUGAUGAUACCGUGACGAUGCCUUUGGCGGGAAUAUCAAACAGAGUCACCCCAGGAAGAGACCCUAACACGCCUGAGUCGAGGCGACGUCAGAAACAGUCUGAAAUGGCCUCCAAGACCGGGCAACCAUCCCCAGAGUCGGACAAAACACAUGGUUGGGUUCCUCUGUUUGGAUUCCAAGGCAGAGUCAUGUUCGACCCUGACGACAUGUCCACGUUCCAGGCAGCUGCCAGAAAGCUCCUUUCUCUGCGCCAACGGGAGCAAAGCGACAUUGUCCUCGUGGAAUUUGAUCUCGAGACGGCGGAAGUUGUGCAGCAGUUCGAUGACAACAUCCCACUCAACCCUGUCAGUGAUCUUGUGGAACAUCUGGGCCAGGCAACUAAGUCCGAGUCUAACUCGGCCUGGUUUGUGCUUCGCAGAGGCGAAGAGAUACCCUCUGAGUGGCAGCCUCCAAAGUCCUUCUUCUCAAGCACGCUCAUCAAGUUGACUCAUGUUGACGAUGACGGGAGGGAAAACCUCUCGUACUUUAAAGUGCCUGAUCGCAAACAAUUCUUUGGCUCCAUGCAGGAAGGCUAUAAAUAUCCUCCCACAAAAGUCUGGGGUUCCAACCAAUACAUGCCCUUCUUCACGACGGCACAAGAAGUGCUGGUGGGAAGGCCGGAUCGGCCAGGAGGAAACCACUGUGAUCUUGUCAUUUCACGUGAUGAUGACAACCCAGAGGGAUUCCCAUCACCGUGGUAUGGUGGUCUAGAAAUCCACCGCGAACUCUGGGACAUGAUGCAUCCCUACAUCAGCAAGGGCAAAGCAUUCAGAGUCAAGACACGCCCCCUGGCCGACGAUACCGUUGUUUUCUACCUGCCAGGAAACUUGAACGACGCCAGCACUAUCAAGAACCGAGGGUGCCUUCGACGGACAGGCUCCGGAGACCCAUAUCCCGAUGCCCUGCAAAAGGUCGGCCUAAUGACGAAGAGCGUCAGAAUGCUCAUGGAGACCUCUCACUACCUUAUUUGGCGCGGAAUCGACUAUUUCAACCCACUGGUCAGUUACCCUGCUGGUACCUACGCCCCAGUUCGAUGGAACCAUCGGGAUAGAGAUUCUUCGAAACAAGCCCAGAAGACGUUGUCAAAGCUCAUUUCCAGCUCUGUCGACGACGAGGACGAGCCCUGUCAGUUCUUCGUGAUACAGCCCGUAGACGGACCCGAGGAACCAUGUACCAUUGAGUCGGUUGACGGAGAAACGGGUCAGGCAACAUUCAACAUGAAGCCUCUCACUAUGAAAGCGUUGAAAUCCACAGUGGAAACUCUGUAUUCCGGAGACAAAAACAUCACAUAUGACGCCGAAAAGGACAGCGUUCUCAUAGAGCCCAUUUUUGACGAAGAGACAUUUGGAGGGAGUUGGAACCCGUCCAGCUUCGUUCUCCGGCCAGAUGCCACCGACUCCGAGGCAGCCAUGGCCCGGCGUUUCCUCCUAUCUCAGUUGGCGCGAGUAGACGUCUUGCAAGAUGGCGAGUUGGACUUUGUCCAAACACUAGCUGGAGCAACCGAGGCAAAUAACCACUGGGGUCCUCGGUAUGGCGAAGUGAUCCCCUUUCGGAAAGAGCUGUCCUUGCCGGCAAUUGUUCCUCCUGGCAAGCUCCGCCAUGUGGUCUUCCAGGAACCGAAGACGCCGGCUCCAGCUCCUCGGAAAUCAGCUUACCCUAUGCCAAGAGAGCCCGAUCAGACACCCCGUGAGCGAAGCUAUGUGCAGGAGCCAAGCAUCUUCGACAUGGGUGUCUGGAACCCCUCCUUCCCGAUCAACGCGCCGCCCGUAGAGGCCGUCCUGAGGACUGGGGCAGGUCGAGUCCCUAUGGUUACCAAGAACGUUCUUACGCCCAGUGAGCAGCGGGAGCUACAGGAUAAAGUCUGGAGUCUUUCCAAGGUGAAUCUGGCUCGGCUCGCCGCGUGUCCGUAUCAGGAAUGCCGCUUCACAUAUCGCCAAGAUGAAGACAAGACGCUCCUCACGCAUCUAGAGAAGACUCAUGUCGGAGAGAAGUGCCCGUGGUGUGACACCCAGCUCUUUAGGCACUGGUCUUAUAAGCAGAAAGAAGAACACUAUCGAAACUCCCACGCAGACCAGUUGCGAAAGGUGCUUCAGCUUCCCGAGACACCCAAGUCACGUUCACCUCAAACGAAGUUCAUCCCUCAAAGACCGCGCAAUAGUCCUUCGGGGGCUACGACAUCUCUUUCAACCUUCAGAAUCACCGGCCAAACCAGACCUCCAGUUGGCCCGUUGCCUCAGCCAGGACAGCCAGCCAAAGCCAGCGAUAGAGAGAAAGGCUAUCGAUACUGUGAUCGUUGCGGCCGUGACCACAAGGAACUCAAGAGCUAUGAGGACCGAAAGCAUCAUGAUCGUGUUUGCGUCCCCUUGGCUGAGGGAGCUGGGAGGUGUACAUUCUGCAAACUUUGCGGAGAUCGUGAGUGGAAGAAUGAGAAAGAUGCCAAAGAUCUUGCACCUUUCGACACGUAUCCGCACAAGUGCCACGGCACUCUUCACGAGAACAAACCGCAUUGCACCAAGUGCGGAUUCUCGAUGAAGAAGCUUUCAGACGAGAAAACCGACAAGCACCGCAAGUUCUGUGGAGGCUUCUAUGGUACCCUGGGUUGCUUCUGUCCGUACUGCCAGAAAUCCUUUGUAAACGAUGGAACACAGGAACCUGUUGAUGACAUCAGGAAACAUAUUACGGCUUGCCCUAAACAAGAAGGCGCCAAGCCAUCACCUUGGGACAUUUAUCCAGAGGCUCUUUGGAAGGAUGUUGACACGUCGGUCGACCCUCUCUUCGUAGGUGCUGAGAAGACCUCCGCGGCCUUACUCAGACAACAGCGUCGUCCUCGCGCUUCUAGUCGCUAUCUCAGCCACCCCCUCAUGUGGCAUGACAAGCCAGGACCAAUUCCUACGUCGGACCCACCUUCUGAGUGUCCUGCCCCCGGGUGUCGUGAACCUCUGUUCGGCCUGAUGCCGUCCGAAGUUCUGGGACACUUUGAAAAUAAGCAUCUUGGGGAGCCUCUGAAACAGUGUCCGCUCUGCCAUAUGUCGUUCAAGAGGCCCAAGGAAGAUUACGAAAAGCAACCGGAGCUUGGGGAGUGGGAGGACAGGAAAGAUCAGGUCUCACACAUGGAGUGCCACGUCUAUCAACUUUGGGACUGUGGCGCCAUGGUGGGCUUCAUGAACCAGCUCCAGUGGAACGAGCAUUUGAAGAAGGCGCACGCUAUCGAGCCCCUUGAGGCACAGGUGCCCGGGCGGAUUCUUAGCCCUCCGCCUACAGGUCCCAGGAGGCCCGAAGCCACCACUUUGGUGACCAGCCCUGGCCAAGGACCGAAGCCGCCAAAGGGCCCAAGGGGUCCGAAGGGGACAAGAAAAGACACUACUAAAGAUCCUAAGAAGCAGACUAAGGACCCCAAGAAGAUCAAGGAAACGCCAACGAACGUCGGCAGUACGUCCGCGGCUAAGUUUGUGCCGACUGCCGGAAUGUACUGUUCACGAUGCUUGCGUCCGGUUCCCAAGGCUAUCUUUCCAGGCGAACCUUCUAAACAAGAGCAGAUAGACGCACACUCGGAUCCGAGACGUAGCUGCCGAAUUCCAGCUAGACAAGGUCAAGUGGAAAUAGACCGUGAAGAUAACGGCAUACUGCCAAGCAAAGUCGGUUGGAUCUCGAAGAACGAUAUCAAAAAAGCGGGCGCUGUGGUCGAACUCAGACAAACCUUUGUCAGAGACAACCCGGACUUGAAGAGGACUAUAUUCCCCAAGGAUAACAUUUUUGUGUCCGGGAGGAAUUCGUGGAUUCGGGAUCCGAAUCAUCCCGGCAACCAAGAGAACUGGGGAUUGCGUUACCGGCCUGGGAAUGACGAUGACAGCGAUGAGAGCGAGGACGACGGCUUGCGGAGUUACGUACCAGGAAAUGAGGAAGAAGAGGAGGAUGAGGAUGAGUUGAAUACGGCCGUCAAUGAGCAUGAUGAAGAGGACGAAGGGGAUGAGCAAAGAGCUGAGAAAGAUAGAGAAGGCAACGAGGAUGAUGAUGAGGAGCAGGACAAUGGCGAAGGCGGCUCAGGGAACCGGACUAAACAGAAGCGCAAGCCGUAUCGUGGAUCUCUCACCCACGACCCGACAUACCGAGACCGUGGGGAAGAGGACGAUCUGAGCCAGGCUAGCGACACGGAGCUGGUGCCGGAGAGCGGAGAUGAUGGAGCUGAUGCUUCUGGUGGAUCUUCCGGUGGGAAGCGGAAGCGCGAGACCGGGGAGUCAUCAGCACAGGGCAGUAAGGGGGGCAAGGACAAGACACAGGAGAGGCAUCGUAAGAAGGCCAAGGUGAGCGCGAGUGCUCAGGGGCGUUGAGUGGUGAAGUAAGUGUGAGUGACUGCUGUGAUAUAGAGAUCUUAUAGUAGACAGUUAUAACCCAAUCAGAGCUUCUUUGGUUGAGCUCUGGGGUGAGUUGAACCAUCGGAGAAUAGCUUCAUUCGCAGAAUGGUUUUGGUGGCUCCCUUGAGUGACGUUCUUGAGAUGAACGAUGAUCCACUCAACAACGCAACUACCUCACUGACAAUUGGCUUAUCCGUGAUUGGUCUACUUAACAAGAAGCCCGGGUGACUGGGUCGUCGCCGAUGGCCUGGGACGUAUGCAGAGGUUCAAUUAGAGUUGCGGGGAAGCAAGUGUCGGAGUAUUGUGUGUCUGUACUCCGUACACGUGCGGAAUUCACGAAGCAGAUAGUCGUAACGAGAGAGCUGCUUCACGAC